AGAAAAGGAGGGGAGAAAGAGAGAGAGAGAAAGACACAAAUCAAAAGAGAGAGACAGAAAGACACUACAAGCAACUGAGACACUUCUGCUCUGUGCCUGAUGUCCAUCAGAUACUGUGCUUUUAGAAGGAUUCAAUACAGUGUGUCAGUGAUUCUGAGAGGAGAUUCACUCAGAGCUAUGGAGGACAGAUGGAGUCAGAUGGAGGAACAUCAUCUGAUGAGUGGGGGAGAAGAAGGAACCGUUUAAUAUGAAGCACGAACAAUUUAGGAGCCAAGAGGGAACUGAUAUUCAACAAACGUAAAGCAACAGGAUCCAGGACAACUCUGGGGCAUUUAGAGGAAAAGCAGAUCUGUGUCUCUGCUGUUUGGACUGGCUCCUCUUCCUGCAUGGAUCAACUUCGACCUGACCAUUGACCUUUGACCUCUGAGUGACUUUUUUGGGGGAAUUGGCACAAACAAAACCUCGACUCUUGUUGAGCACAGAGCCUCUCUACCCACAGUAGAAUGUUCUGGAAACUGGCCUUCCCUGCCAUUCUGGCCUGCACCCUCUGUGCAUCCAUGGAAACCAAGAAGCUCCGCCCAAGAGGCUCCAUCCCCUCCCCUUACAAGCUCAAAGGCAAUGAGCUGUUGUCUUCAUCUUCCAUCUCACUAUCAUCCCUGCCUCAGCAACCUCCAUCAAAACGGCACAAAGGCAAACAGGAAGUGCUGCUGUCGAGUCGUGAGGCGCUGGUGGUGACUGAGAGGAAGUACCUGAAGAGCGACUGGUGUAAAACACAGCCACUGAGGCAGACUGUUAGCCUGGAGGGAUGCGUGAGUCAAACCAUCAUCAACCACUUCUGUUACGGCCAGUGCAACUCCUUUUACAUCCCACGACACCUGGCCCCCGCAAAUGGGCGCCAUGGUCGGAAAAGGACGCCGAAGUCCAACUACGGUGCUUCUUUCCAGUCCUGCGCUUUCUGUAAACCUCACCGGAUCUCCACCCUAACGGUGCGGCUUCACUGUCCCAGGUUACAGCCACCGUACCGGCAUCGGAAGGUCCAGCGCAUUAAGGAAUGCAGGUGCAUGUCGGUCAGCAUCAAUGACACCCACUGACCAAGGGGUUCGUCGGAUCAGCGGAAAUUGUUCUCAAUACAACAAAUGGAGCCUGUUCUUAGUGAACAGACAUGCUAUAGAUAUUAUAGAUAUAAAGACAGAAGAGAAGAGAUGCCCAAAGAUACCUUGAACUGAUAUCUAGAUGGAUAUAAUUCAGUCAGACAGGAAAUGGAUUUAAAGUCUGGCAAUGUGAAGAAGCAAUAUGUACACCAUACAUUCGAUAUGUACACCAUACAUUCGAUAUGUACACCAUACAUUCAAUAUGUACACCAUACAUAUGUACACCAAACAUUCAAUAAUAAGUAACAGCUGACUUUCUAAACAACAUAACUUUGCUUAAUGGAGUGCUAUCAAUUGGUAAAAAGAAAUUUACAUUUACUUAUUGGCAGACUCUUUGGUCCAAAGUGAUUUACAACUGAGCUGGGAAGAUGAGGGUUAAAAGUCUUGCUCAAGAACCCAACAGCUUGACAGCAUUGGGAUUCGAACUCACAACCUUCCAAUCAGUAGUCUAACUCCUGAGCCUUAGACUUCACAUCAAGCACGGACAAUGGAAUGCUGAUUAUUUUACUGGUGUCAUGGUAAAACCUAUAGUUUGGUGAAGUACUAAACCUAUAGUUUGGUGAAAUCCCUCAGAGACAUGUUCUAGCUAAGAAACCCAAAAAAAAACAAAAACAAAAACCCAAUGAUUAGAUCUGCCCAU